AGAAAAAAGGAGGAUAGUUAUAGUAUUGUGUUGGAUGAUGUUUGGAAUUGGAUUCUAAUGUGUAGGGCUCUUUCACAUUCUUCAUUUCCAACUUUGCAAACCCCAAAAUGUCUGAAUUGCCGGAUGAGCUAUGGAACCAAAUUCUCCAAAUUGGUGUCAAGACCUAUGCUUUGACUUACAAAGAUCUUUGUUGCGUCUCCAUCUCUUCUCCUCGACUUCGCCGCCUCUCCGACCAUGACUCUCUCUGGUCUCAUCUUCUCUUCUCCGAUUACCCUUCAUCCUCUUCUUCUUUUCCAUCUUCCGCUUCCUCCUCAAAGUCCCUUUACAAAAUCAGGUUGGAGAGAGAUAGAUAUAGGAAGAAAGCGGCGCAUACGAGAGCUGUUCUUAGAAAGGAAAGUCAAAUAGCUGAGCAUUAUAGGAGGGUUAGUCAAUUAGAGGAACGGUUGAUCGAGGAGACCGGCAAAUGGACAACGUCCUUCACUGAAUUCUCUAAUCUACGCACAGUCAGGGAAGCAACGGUAGCUUUGAAUGUCUGGCAGCCUGAGGUCAUUAGGGCAAGGCAGAAGCAAAUUGUUGAACAAUGCAGUGUAUCUGUUGAUUCUCGUUUGCGGACUCUUGAUAUGGAGCUCAAGCUUUGUAAGCAACAAAUUGCUAUUUUUCAAAAAGCACUUAAAGAUGAAAAAAAGAGAUUGGAAUUAGCCAAAGAAGAGUUAACUUCAUUGAAGUAUCACCCUCUUAAGGAUCAUAAAUAUAUGAAUAGCAGUAAUAAUGACACUCACAUCAAGAGGAGGUCCAAGGAUGCAAUAAAUAGCAAGGUAAAACAGCUACGCAGUACAUGAUUGGGGGAGCAUUGCCUGUUGAAGAAUGAGCCUGUCCUCAACAUAUAGGCAGUGGAACUAAUAAAAACAGUUAUGAAUUCCGGUUGAGAUGAACGUAACCACCAAAGUGUUCUGCACUAGGUGCAAAGUAAUGAUAAGAUCGAACUGUUAUAUCAAACAUCAUAUGGAGUUUUACAUUUUAUUCAAAUGGGGAAUUUUAUAAAUCAGUUGGAAGAUCAUCAAUAAGCGCUUCUUUGACCCAAGAAAAUAUAUGUCAACUCCCAAUUUGGCCUACAGAUAAAGAAACUCAUGGCAAAUUAAAUCCAAGUCAGGACAACAACACUAAUUAACUGUUGCAGUUCCCACGUUCAUCCAGGUACUCCCCUUCACUCUUCAUUUCUCUCCUUUCCCUCUCUUUGGCAGAUUAUCUCGUCUAUUGUGUUCAAAUUGGUCAUUUUUUCUUCACCAUUGCAAGUUUUUUCCUUCCAGAUCUGUUUGUAUGUGUGUGUUUUCCAGAUUCAUAGCUCUAAAUGCUCUACACUUUUUAGAUCCGAGACCCUAACCUCCUCAGCUGCCUCAAGGAAAACUAAAAAAAAAUCACUCUUCUCGCAAGAAAGAGCUUAGUUAUGUCUAAUGAUCAAAUGAUCAAGAGGUUCGUGGUUCAUAUCUCCCACCCACACUUGUACUCAAAUCAGCCUCUUGGUGCUAUCUUUCUUAUUCCCUCAUCUACUGUAGCUUCCUUGCCGUUGGUUCUUGUGUUUUUUGUAUUUGAGUUAAAAUAACAAAGGAAUAGCUUGGUAGGGGACAGCUAGUGCUUGAAUCUUGGUGGGCGGGAGGCAACUGCUUAAGCUUUGUUCUAUCCUUUCAAUAUUAGUCGAUGAUAGGACAUACAUGUUCAAUCUGUAUUUUUGCUGCAUGAAUUUCUUCAUUCCUUCCUUGAGAAAAUUUUCUCUGAUAUGUUUCUGUCUUUGUUUUCACUCCUUUUUUAUUCUAUUUUUGUCUUCGUUUGUUUGAUUGGAUCUGUUUUUUUCCCGAUUUAGUUUCAUAAGUUUCAUUUGUAUGAAAGAAAAUCAGUUAUGGGUUGCAUGAAUGUUUCAUGUUGGAAUAUCAUUAUGAACUGAGGAUGUAUUUGGUGCAUGUGCGAGAGUAGGCCAAGAUUACAAAUUCAUAUAAAAUUAUAUUAAACUAUAAUUGAUACUAGUAUAUCUGUUUGAACAUGUGUGAUCGCAAAUAGACUAGGAAAGAAUUCCUUCCUUCAUUAGGAUGAGUUGUCAUUCGUGUUUGGAAAGAGGAUUGGUCUAGAGACUCCACGGGAUAUAGCAUCGAAUGACAAUGAGCACUUGAGGCAGAUGCGCAUGUGGAAGGAUCUCAAGAACAUUAUAUUUCAGUUCCCUCUGAUGUUUGGCACAACAGCCACUGUAUACAAAGACUGUUGUAGGUCUGACUCCAAUAGGGACUAAAAUUGGUGAGGUAGUAAGAAGAAAUGAACAACAUAUCACUCAAGAUAUGUUAAACGUGGUAUGGAUGAUUACAAUAAACAUGCAAACAAGGCAACAGCUUGAGAGGAUUGCAUCUUGGUUUAAAUCAAAGCAUGCUAUGGUGGAGUCCAGGCAACGAAAGGAAGUGGUGGAGAGAGAUUCCCUCAAUUGUUAGAGUUGUUCCAACGGGUUAAGGUCAAACUAAUGGAUAUCAUAUUCACGAAUGUAGAUGGAGCAAAAAAAUUCCUUGCCUAUUCCAAUCAAGCUGAAAAGUACUUGUUGAAUGCACUCUUGGGUAAAGGUGAAUAAAUAGCCUGUCUUGCAACAAAAUCAAUUUGCUUGGUUUGGAAAAGAACAAAUUUUUUAAAUCAACUCAAUUUGAUCCUUUUUUUUUUUCAUAUUAAAACUGUGUUUACUUGUUUUUUUUCUUUUAAGUUUGAACCACAGACUUGUUGAUUCUUAGCGUACACUAGUGUCAGUAUUAUUAUUGCACGUUCUUUUAUCUAUAUUUUCUUACCGGUUAACAUAGAUGUGAAGUUAUUGUGUUGUGUAUUUACUGCGAAUUCUAUGUA